AUGAGGUCCGACUCCCACAUGCCGACGUCCUACAUUCCUAGCCAUUAUCGAUCCCUCGAAAAGAAAAUAUCGACCCCCUCCGCGCGACGGCAGCAGCGCAAGUCCCAGCCGGCGACCAUGGCGGCAGCAGCAGCAGAGGCUCCUCUCCUCCGCGAACUCCCAGAUGCCAUCGUCCUCUGGGAGAUCUUGGUCCGCCUGGACCCCAAGUCCCUCCUCCGCUGCCGCGCCGUCCGCCGCGGCUGGCGCAGCGCCACCUCCACCCACCCCUUCCUCCUCGCCCACCACGCCCGCCAGCCCGCCCUCUCCAUCUUCUCCCACUGUGAGUACAUCGGCAGCGACAGGAAGCAAGACAUCCUCCUCCUCGACCACCAGGCCGCCCAGCUCCACACCGUCGUCCGGUUUGACCGUCCCUACCAACUGGAGGGCUGCUGCGACGGCCUCCUCCUCCUCUCAACCAGGCAUAGCAUUUUGAAUGCCUCUCGCACCGGCCUCUCCGUCUGCAACCCCACCACUCGUGAGAUGGCCUCCCCGGGGCUACUGCUGGACUUCAACAUCUUGGGGAUGUACCCGCACCGCCCUACCGGCGAGUACCGGCUGCUACUGCAAGGGAGGAAGCACGAGACGACGCAGUGGGACACGCCUACCGACCGAACUGGCUUCUAUGUCCUUGCGCUGGGCUCCCACCAGCCACCGAGGCACGUCGGGUGCGGCUCCGAGACCAAGCUAGCGUGGGCGAUCUUUGAAGCCGGUGUACCUGUCCGGCUGCGUGAUUGCCUGCACUGGUACCGAGUGUUUUAUCGCAACCCAUCGGAGGAGGACACUGGAAGCAAACUGGUAGUCUUCGACACCAUAGCCGAGUCGUUUCGGCAGAUGCGCGCUCCACUUGUUCCCACCAAGUCAUACAUCUUUGAGAUGGAUGGCAUGCUUGGCAUCUAUACCUGUAACAGCAUGACCACCGGCCAAGUUGUUGACAUAUGGGUGCUACACAACUACGGAAGUGAGGCUUGGGACUUGAAGUACCGGGUUCGAUUGCCGAUCGCGAGAAUCAGGGGGAGGCCAGAAGGUCCUGCUGGUGGUUGGUUUCUGGACGUUGUUUCGGGUGAUGGUGGUAACGCGCUCUUGCUGCUCUGUUUUGGUCGUUCGAUGUUUUACAUUGACACUGAUGGCAAACUGGUUUCUACAUUACGGAGCUGCCAUUCCUGGGAUCAACGGCUGAAGCAAACUCUUGUUCCUCAUGGUUUCUUCAAGGCACUAGAAGGUUAUGCUGUGAAUGGUUCCCCUUUCAUCCCUUCCAUCUGA